ACGGACACUUCUCGCCCAGGAAGACUUCCCAGCUCCAUAAUGUGGCGUCAAUUCGGUCUGCUUUGCGCUCUUCUCGGUGCUACCGCUUCUGCCGACAGCAAUAACGACUGGCACAUGACCCCCGUCAAGAUCAUCCAGGCCCGUGUUCAAGGAGACCCGCCUGUGUGGCACCCGGAGGUCAACCUGUGGCUGUCCAAGUACGGUGACACCACGGAAGCUGCCUACGUUAACAACCUCGACACAGUCAAUAUGGCGUCUGUGGAAGGAGCUCUGAUGUAUGUGCAGGCUGAAGGCAUUAACGUGAACGAGCAGUCGGUCAAGUGCCAACGCAAAAAUAACAUGCAGUACGUCGUGUUCUACGAAAUGACCAUCGUCCAACCGACCUAUAGCAUCAAGUAUUACGAAAACCACACGCCCCCGGAGUACGGUGACUUCGUGGCCAUGGACGGCGCCAAAUGCACGAAUGCAGGCGCUGACCUGCCGAAGAGCUGCAAAGUUUACUACGGGCUGGACGGUACCAUGGAUAUUGGCCCGAACGUUGGUUGCAACCCGCAGGGCUCGGAUCCGCGUGCUCCGUACCCGGACAACUACUGGUGCUCGUUCCCGAACUCGUGCGCUCAGAAAUACCGUGCGGAGAAGACGGCCGAGUGCAGGGCGCAAUACAACGGUGGCCUGUGCCCCAUGGGAGUGGCGGACAUGUCCAAUGAUAUCUCCAUCCAUUAUUUAAAGCAACAAAAUCUUUACUUGAAAAUUAUUAGCAUUGUUCUAGAAACUUGCGUCGUCCCAACAACUCCUCUAAUGAUUCUUGAUCGUCUUGUAAUGCCGAGCUGCUAUCCAGCAUUUGGAUGCUACGGUAUUAUUAUUCAGUGGAUAUUAGCCCUUUAA